AUGACGGACGAGCAGGAGCUCGAGCUGGACGAGCAGGAGCUCGAGCUGGACGAGCAAUUGGCGUCCCGCCAGCCGCUACUGGAACAGCACGAUGCUUUAAUUAAGAAGAAGAAGACAAAGCCGUGGUAUCGUCGUCGUCUAGUAAUGAUCUCGGGCGCUGUAUUACUUCUCUUGGGCAUCAGUUACACUCUCAUCUCGAGUCAAAUCUCUCGCAUUGCUUCCCAAGCCAUUACAGACACGGUUAUGCACGUGACAAAGAUGGAUCUGAGUCAUCCAGAAUCUACAUCUGUAACGCUAAAUCUGAGUCUGAGUCUCGAGGUGAUGUCGUCGUUCCCUGCGACGGUAGACGCCACGACGUUUGUUAUUGCGUACCAGGACGUUAUAGUUGGAAGUUUUCAAGCCCCUGUGAUGCACAUGAGACACGGUAUGAAUGAACUGGUUUUUUCGAAUUCCACGCUCGAGAUUCAGGACAAAAAGGCUUGGAACCACUUUGCAGGAGACAUGAUGAAACUCUCUCAGAUUCAGUAUCAGAUUAGCAGUUCUCUGAUCAUUCACGUUCGACUAUUGAGAGGACUUGUGACCUUUAGUGCGUCAGAUAUUCCGUUGCACAAGAGUAUGACGUUGAAGGGGAUAAAUGGACUUCAAGACAUGCAGAUUGCUCAGGUAAACAUGGAUAAUUCGACGCAGAAAAAGGUGUUGGCAACGAUCAAGACGUGCAUUCGUAAUCCAUCGAUCACGACGAUUCGACCGGUGGGAGCACUAUGUCUAAAUGCUCAUUAUCCACGAUUAGGGGAGGGUACGUUGGUGGCGCACUUGAGAACAUCGGCGGAUACGGGUUUGUCGAUUGCUGACGGACAACCGUCGCAUCCGUUCUGUGCGUCGUUACAGGGGACGACGGACAUGAGCAAGGGGUAUAAUUUGCUGGAACUGCAGGGACAAAUGCUCGGCGUGAACUCGGAAGCGAUUAGUGGACUGAUUACCAAAUAUUUGAGCAAUGUGUCGGCAGCGCUUACGGUCGUAAUGUGUGAGUCUCGGGCCUCAUCGGUGGACUUGUACAACCAAGCAAUGAAGAACUUGACGAUCAAAAGCUUACUGCCGCCGCAGAAAGACCCACUUGUUGAGAAUAUAUUUCUCCAAGGUAUUUCCUUGUAUCCUCCCGCAGAGGGCAAGGAGAACGAUAUUGUACGGCUUGAUACUGCAGUAUUGGUAGAAGCGACGAGUCCGUUAGGACCUAGUUCAGUUUUGACGGUCACGGAUGUGCACAUGAACGUGAGUCUUACUGGCGCUGGCUUGGCUCUAGGGACGCUGUCAACGGUGUCCGUUGAUAUUAUUGACGGAGAACUAGUUGGUCGACGCAAUAUUUCAGUCGAUUGUUUGACGAAGCUUGACUUUGCGGAAGGGGGAAAGGCCUUUGGCAAGUUCGUUCGAGCAUCCGUCGUGAAGGAGAAGGUUUCGUUGACUCUUGCUGGAAACAUGGAUGUGGUUUGCCAAGGAGCUUUAGGAAAACUCAAGCUGUUCGGCUUGUCUCUUCACGCCAUCGCUUUGUUGAGUGGAAUGAAUAAUUUUAAAAAUGUGACUGUCGAGAGUUUUAGUCUACCAGGAACUGGUAGCACGAUAGAACACGAAGAACCGAUUCAGACUCAAGUUCAAAUUCGUAACCCGUCUGUAUUUACAGUGUCUAUUGGUACAUUCUGGAUGGAUUUGAGUUUGAAUGCAUCCCGAGAGAAGUUUGGAGAACUUCAUGGUACGAUGCAUCUGGCCCCUGGAAGGAACAGGCUGGAUAUGAACGGUCACUUGAAGCCGAUCAAGGACGCGACAGGCCAAGUGAGUGACGCCGUGGCCGAUUUUUUUUCUAGGUAUCUGAAUGGAAAUAGCUCGCAAGUUGUUGUUAAAAUUACAGGCACGCAGUACAGCAAUUGUAUCUGGAUGCGGGAGGCGCUGGUGGGAUUAACGAUUGGAACUAGCUUUCCAGGAGUCGGGAAGGGCUUCCAGAUGAUCUCGGAAAUUAAGAUGAAACAGCUUGAUGUUAUUUUAGACAAGUCUCCGCCUGGUGAGAGAGGGCCGACGACCAAUACGCGUAUGCAGGUUCGUGCAGAUAUGAAAGCGAGUGUGAAGAUGCCACACACCAUUGGCAUUCCAUUGCAGAUUUCAAAUCUGUCGAUUGCAGUUACCCUCGAAAAUGAAAAUAGUCAGCACCUUGGCUCAUUAGUUUCUGCCCGUGAGACCUGUGAAUUCAAUCAGUCGGAUCAUGGUGCAUUCCUAUUGAAUAUGAGCCACUAUUAUCCGAUUGGUUUUAACAACUACGAUGACGUCGGGCAUAUGUCUGGUUUUAUUAAAGACUUGCUCACGAAGAAUGAAAGUAUCAUGAUGCGACUGAAAAGCGACUUGGGUGCGAACCAAGGAGCGUUUCCGGAUAUUAUAACGAGAAUGGGGAUGCUUGCUCUUCGUAACAUUCCGGUUGCUGGUGCACCGCUCAUUCCAGCAAUGGAUUCUUUUCGCCAUCCGCCGGUCAAGAUCCUUAGUGUCGACAUUCAGCAAGGGUCUAAGCAGUCGAUGAUCAUGUCGAUGGAAUUUUCUCUACAAAAUCCCUCUAUUGUGCUAGCAAAGCUGGGCUCGCUCGCGCUGGAUGUGUUUUUCGAUGGAGUUCGAAUGGGCUCUGCAAUGAUCUCAGAUUUUAGUCUGAAUUGCUGCGACAAGCUGACGAUUCUCCGAGGUAGUUUUGAAUACAAACCGCUGCCAAGUGAUCUUGCAACUGCAGAAAGGUUCCUGUCGAACUUCGUGUCCGGCUACUACACGCACGGGGCUGCUCAGGAGAUUGUUAUCAAAGGAUCCGCAGCAAGCACGUCACUCGAUCUACUUCGACCAGCGCUGAAGGUUCUUUCGAUCCCCUCGAAAUUGCCUACUUUGGCCGAGAUGUUUCCAUUAACGCCAACUCUUGUCACUUCAUCGUUGUUAUACAUUCCGCCAAUUUUCCAUCCGACGCAUAUCCCCAUAUCUCUUGAGCUGCGAAAUCCGUUUAGUGAAAGUAUUAUGGUUACAGCAAUUGACAUGGAGCUGUACCCUUGUGAAGACCAGAUUUUAGGUGGUGACGGCAAAUUGGUGUGCAAGAAGUACUUUGACAACUCUCUGGCUCGGUUCGCUCCUGCAGUGUUCCAUCCGAUUUUUAUCCCUGCAAAUACCAAUAGCUGCUUCUCAUGCUGUCGUGGCUCAUGCUGCGACGAUCAUGUGAAGUUAUGUCCACAUGCAUCGGUUGAUAAGUGUAUGAACGCUGCCGUGCAGAGCUUGUUGAGCCCGGAGGCCAUUGCGACAAUAAUCCAUACGCUGGCAGGUGGAUUACUGAUGAGAAUCAACGGUACAAUCGGAGCAUCGAUCGGUGACUAUGCUACGCAUCUGAUGUACCAGCAAGAUGAUCUCUUCGUCGCGAUGGCCAAGUAG